GAAUUUACCGAUACUACUAUAUAUAAUGAAACUUAUCUAGAAAUGACUUAUAAUAUUGUUAAUAUUCCUUAUGAACGACCAUCGGCAAUACAAGAGUUAAACAGUUUUAUGAAGGACUUUAUAACAAAAUACAUGCCAAAGAGUAAUCAAAAAUUACUGCAAAGAAACUCUAAAGAAGAAUCAUCUCGAAGAAACUCUAAAAGAAUAUUAUCAGCUAAAACUUAUAAUAUGCAAAGCAGUUCUGAUGAAUCUGACU